UUAUCGAUAACUCCGCUGUAUCGCCGCGUUGUGUUUUUUGCCCAAAUAAUUUUCAUCGUUGUUUUUCCUUAAAUUUCCCCGAAAUAACCGUGCAAUGGUGGAAAGCGAUGCCGAGAGCGAUUCGAGCAGCAAUUCCAGCAGCAGCGGCUCCUCCAGCGGCAGCGACAGCGACGCCAGGAGCGAAUCCUCCUCCUCGGCGAGCAGCGGGCGUGAGGAAGAGGAAGCAGAGCCGGAGCAGUCCGCCAAAGAUGCGAAAAAAACUGAUAAUGGGGAUAAAAAGGAGGAGAGCGACAAGGAGGGAGUAGCUAAGGAGGAUGAGGAUCGGCCUGACCACAAAAAAGAUCCAGCUAAAGAUGCCCCCUCGGAGCCCAAGCCAGUUUCCCAUUCUGCUGGCGUGGAAAAGCAGCAAGAAGAAGCAGCUGCUGCGACGGCGGAGAGUGAGAAAAUAAAUGAAGCGGAAAAUGUUGAAACACCUGUCCAACGGGAAGAGGAAGCAGCCGCCACAGGUGUGACGAAAAAGCUGGAAAGCCCGAAGACCCAGGCGGAGCCCGCUGAAAAAGACCAAGAUCGGGGGAACGGGGAGGAGCAGCCGGUGACCACCAAUGGAGGCGGCGGCGGAAGUAGCAAGGAACCGACAGAGGAAACAGCUGCCGGCGCAGCGGAACCUCCCUCAGCGGACAACCACAUCGAAGAGGGCGAAAUAACCGAUAAAGACGAUGAUGACGUGCCACCUGCUAGGGAGGGUGAAAAACCGGCCGCUGCCCAGAGCAGUCCAUCCAAAGAGACGCGCCGUCAACGAAGCCACAGCCACGAUGACAAGCGACGUCGGCCACGAUCCUCCAGUAGGAGCCCCUCGCCCCGCAGCCGUCGCCGUCAUCGCUCGAGGAGCGGGAACAGUAGAAGCCGAAGUCGCAGUAUCAGUCCCAUCCGCCGAAGGUCCAAUUCCUUGGAGAGGCGACGCCUUGAGCGCCAGAAGCGACAUGAGGAGCGGGAUAAACGGGACGAGAAAAGAGCUAAGGAGCGAGAGAAGCGCCACCAAAAGCGUGAUGGGUCCACCAGCAGGCGUAGAGAUGAUUCCAGGGAAAGAAAAAGGUCCACCAGCAGGCGUAGAGAUGAUUCCAGGGAAAGAAAAAGGUCCACCAGCAGGCGUAGAGAUGAUUCCAGGGAAAGAAAGAGGUCUUCGGAUCGCAAGCGAGACCGUUCCACAUCCAGUCCAGGAUCGAGAUCAUCCAAAACUGCGCGCAAUCCAGAACGCACUAAUGCUGAUAAUGAAACCGUAACCGAACCUGCGGCCAAGAUAACGGAGCGUCAACGAAAGACGGUGGACGUUUUGACUUCUAGGACAGGAGGAGCCUAUAUUCCGCCGGCCAAGCUGCGUUUGAUGCAGUCACAGAUCACGGACAAAGCAUCUGCUGCCUAUCAGAGAAUCGCUUGGGAGGCCCUCAAGAAAUCCAUCCAUGGUUACAUCAACAAAGUGAAUGUAACAAACAUAGCGAUUAUCACCAGGGAGCUGUUAAGAGAGAAUAUUGUCAGGGGACGGGGCUUGCUCAGCAGGAGUAUUAUCCAAGCCCAGGCUGCUUCGCCCACGUUUACCCAUGUCUACGCCGCUCUGGUGAGCAUCAUAAACUCAAAGUUUCCGAAUAUUGGAGAGCUCCUCCUCAAACGUCUCGUCAUCCAAUUUCGUAGGGCGUUCCGCCGUAAUGAUAAGUUGGUUUGCAUGUCGGCCACUAGGUUCAUUGGUCACCUGGUCAACCAGCGUGUGGCCCAUGAAAUUCUGGCCCUAGAGAUCCUCACCCUGCUGGUGGAAACUCCAACUGAUGAUUCCGUGGAGGUGGCCAUCAGUUUCCUCAAGGAGUGCGGCAUGAAACUAACCGAGGUUUCGUCCAAGGGCAUUGGGGCCAUCUUCGAGAUGCUGAGAAACAUUCUGCAUGAGGGAAAAUUGGACAAGCGAGUGCAGUACAUGAUCGAGGUGCUGUUCCAGGUGCGAAAGGACGGAUUUAAGGACCAUCAAGCUGUGGUUUCGGAACUAGAGCUGGUGGAGGAGGACGAUCAGUUCACGCAUCUGAUGAUGUUGGACGAAGCCACCGAAACGGAGGACAUACUGAAUGUUUUUAAAUUUGACGACAACUACGCGGAGAACGAAGAGAAGUACAAAGGACUGAGUCGAGAGAUCCUGGGCAGCGAUGAUGGCAGUAGUUCCGGGUCAGGCUCCGGAUCGGACUCUGAUAGCGAUUCGGAUGCAGAAUCUGGAUCGGAUGCGGAAAAGAAAACCGACGGUGGCGACAUCAUCGACAACACUGAGACCAAUCUGAUUGCCCUGCGACGCACAAUUUACUUAACAAUUAAUUCCAGUUUGGAUUACGAGGAGUGUGCGCACAAGCUGAUGAAAAUGCAAUUGAAACCCGGGCAAGAAAUCGAACUCUGCCACAUGUUCCUCGAUUGCUGCGCGGAGCAGAGAACAUAUGAAAAGUUCUAUGGUCUGCUGGCCCAGCGGUUCUGCAACAUAAACAAGAUCUACAUACCCCCCUUUGAGGAGAUAUUCAAGGACACCUACCAAACCACCCAUAGAUUGGAUACGAAUCGCUUGAGAAACGUCAGCAAGUUCUUCGCCCAUCUCCUGUUUACCGACGCCAUCAGUUGGGAUGUGCUGGAGUGCAUCCAACUGAACGAGGAUGACACCACUUCAUCGAGCAGGAUCUUCAUCAAAAUCCUAUUUCAGGAGCUUGCUGAGUACAUGGGGUUGGGCAAACUGAAUGCAAAGCUCAAGGACGAAGUUUUGGUGGAAAGCUUAGCUGGCUUGUUCCCCAAGGACAAUCCGAGGAAUACCCGCUUCUCCAUCAAUUUCUUUACCUCCAUUGGCUUGGGUGGUCUCACCGAUGAUUUAAGAAGAUUCUUGAAGACUGCCCCCAAGGCUGUUCCCGCAAUAAAUGCUGAAAUUCUGGCCACUACCGGAGGGAAUCCAUUCAGAGAUGGGUCUGCUCCCGCUGGAAAUUCCAAGGUAACCCCAACUUCGUCCUCCUCGUCAUCUUCAUCGUCGGACUCCAGCAGCGAUGACUCCAGUGAAGACGAUUCAAGUUCCGAAUCUACUAGUGAAUCUUCAAGCUCCGAUUCCAGCUCAGAACCCAAGAAGAAACGCAAACGCAAGGACAAGGACAAAAAGUCGAAGAAAGUCAGUAAGGAGAAGGCCAAAAAGGGCAAGAAUAAAAAGGCCGAUAAGAAAAAGAAGGCUGAUAAGGAAAGAGAGAAGGAAAAACAAAAAUCUGAGAAGGAUCGGGAGAAAGAUAAACAAAGGGAAAGACAAAAGGAGCGAGAGAAGGAAAAGGAGAAGGAUAAAAGACGCGAGAAGGAAAAAGAGAAGGAGAAGAAGGCAGCCAAAAAGAAAUCAAAACGCAAGCGAAAACGCGAGGAGAGCUCAAGUUCCAGCAGCAGCGAAGAAAGCGAAAAGUCCUCGUCUGAAUCGUCUUCGUCGAAUUCUUCCAGCGGAGAAAGCGACGCUGAGCCCCAGGCAAAGAUCAAGCGCCAGGAGCAGAUCCAAAAAAAUAACAAUUUCCGGGGGCAACCGCAAGACAGCGAUGAAUUCAACCUGGAAGGUCCGGAAUCUAGGGAACGCAGUCGCUAUCAGUCGAAUGGGAAUGGCCCGAGACGCAGGGACAACUCCUUUGACAGACAAAGAAACCAGGAUUCUCCCUAUAGCAGGGAUCGAAACAACAAAGAAAGAAACCGGGAGAAUUCAUAUGACAAAGAAAGAAGGGUCCAAAGAUCUGUAUCUCCCGAUAGGCAACGGAAACGUGAUCGAUCCCUUUCUUAUGAGAAACCUCGCCGACGAGAGAAUUCUUCCCCUCGCGAAAGACGCGUCGAGAAGAACAGUCGUGGUGAGAAAGAGAGCCGACGUGGUGACCGUUCGUCCAGAGAUGAGAGGUCGGAUCGAGGAGAGCGGUCAGAUCGUGGUGAAAGAUCAGACCGCGGUGGUCGGGAAAAGGAACGCGAUCGUAACAGGGAUCGUGAUCUGAAAAGACAACGGGAACGUGACCAGGAACGCGCCCAAUCUCGUGACCGUGACCGCUCGCGAGGAGAGCGUAGUUCCCACCGAUCCAAGGGGCGUGGCUGAAUUUGGAGACUGGACUGGAAACCGCGACAAAACAAAGGCAUAUACAAAUUUGUGUUAAAUAUUUACCUUUUACAUGUGUACAAAGAAAGACCCACUAAGCUGAUAAACAAAAAUAAAUGUACAAAAUGCAUCUGUCAAAUA